AUGGUUUUGGGAAGAAAUAAGGAGGAAGAAGAGAGGAGGACGAGAGAGAGAGGGGAAGAAAGAGAGCCAGAGGAGGAGGAAGGAGGCGAGGAAGUCGUGGUACAAGAAAAGACGAAAGAAGUCGAAAGAGAUUCGUAUGAUCGUAGUGAGAGAGACCGGGAAAGCCGACGGGACAAAGACAAGAAGACUGCGGAGAAGAAACGAGACCAUUCAGAGGGGGAGCGAGAAGGAGGCCAUGAAUCUAAGAGAAGGAAAGACGAAGAGUCGGGCAGGGAAUCCUCAGUGUCCUCCCAGGAGAGAACGUCAGGUACCAGACCGUCCAGCAACCAUCCCUCCGCGUCGGCCAAGAAGAGAGAGCACAAACGACGCAAGGUUGGCCACCAAUCUCCAACUGUUUCCCAUGUACAAGAAAAGACAAAAGAAGUCGAAAGAGACUCGUAUGAUCGGAGCGAUUCGUCCACCGAGUACUUCAGCGCUGCCAACUCCCUCUCCUCCAGCCCAGGACAAGGGAUGACAUUUGGGCAGGCCAUCAGCUCGUCGUCUUCAGGCACCUCCACGUUGGUCAAUAGGCACAUCACCGAGGAAUCGAUUGAGGACAACGGGAGUGCGAUGUCGGCUACCUCGGAUCAGGACACGGCUCAGGAGAGCAACUUUGCCCUGCCCGACCCGACCAUCAGAAUGAGCCAGGGAGAUGAGACCAACCCUUUAGAGAACAUCUCCCCUUACCAGCAUGAGAAGCUGCGGGAGCUGCUCCAGGAGAACAUGGUUCCAUUCAGCCAGAAGUAUUCCCUGGUGCCUCCUGACAUCCUGGAUGAGGUGUUCGGGUAGACAGUGCCCCUGACCAGAUACAAUCACAUGGUGUGAGUGACGGGGAUGAGGUCUUAAACGAGGUCCAUCAGAUACCAGACGAUAAAUUAGUUAUGUUCGUGCAGGAAGACACAAAUGUCAUCAUGGAAGCACAAGAUAAGGCUGCUGAAGAUGACAUUUCUCCUGAGGCAGUAUUAACAUUGCAGUCUAGUCCAACACAAGACCAUCACAAGUAUAACAUUAAAAACCACGGUCAAAACAAAUAGAAAUAGUUUUAUUGGAUACAUUUGUAUAUCAUGUUCCCCAGAAGUGAAUUAAAAUAUUGGCUCAGCCUUCAUUUUGUGUGACAACGU